AUGGUCUCUCUAAAUGAAGUAGUUAUUGCCGUUCUCGAUGGAAUUCAACCCGACGCAUUUGGCGGUAAUGAAGUUGAGCGCCUGAAAGUCCGUGCUGCUGCACGUCGACUCCUGGCCAGAGUGGAGACUCCUUACGAACGUGCAUGGGGGUUCUGUUUCGAACACCCUGCUGUGUUCGCCGCCCUGCAGACAUGUAUCGAUCUGGGGCUUUGGAAGUCCUGGACUGCCAUUGGAGGAGGGGAGAAAUCGAUCGAUGAGCUGGUUGAUUUGACGAAGCCCACUAUCGACACGAACCUACUCCGUAAGUCUCUCACCCUCAAUCUGUCUGAGACAUGGCUCACGUGGAAUACAGGUCGAUUCUUCCGCUUAUUGGCAGCUUUCAAUGUGGUUGAAGAGACCGGGGUAGAUAGAUUCAAGCCGACUCCGUUCUCAUUAGCUAUUGGUGAUGAAAGUACCAAGGUCCGAGCUUCACUUGAAGCAGCCACACAUCACUACAUCGCUUCUGGUCGCAACCUACCUGGCUACCUCGCCAAAACCUUCUAUAAGGAGCCGACCGACGUCAAUGUAAACAACUACUCAGACUCCGAUCCAGACGGCCUCAAUUUCUUCGGACGGUUGCAGGCUAGUCCUGCGUACUUCGAAGCUUUCACAGGGCACAUGGAAGCAUGGACAACAUGGAAGACCCCCUGGACCAAGGUCUACGAUACCAGCCGACUGCUUGAGGGAGCUAAUUUGGACAACGGCGCUCCAUUCGUGGUUGAUGUUGGAGGAAACACGGGUAUCGACAUUACCCAUGUUCUCGCCGCGCAUCCAGAUCUUCCAGCGGGAGCCCUCGUUCUACAAGAUCUUCCCGAAAUCAUUGCCAAAGCUACCGUGGAUAAAAGGAUCACGGCAAUGGUUCAUGACUUUUUCUUACCGCAGCCUGUCAAAGGAAGCCGUGCAUACUUCAUGCAUGCGGUUCUUCACGAUUGGCCUGAUGAGAAGGCUAAGCAGUUGCUUGGUAAUACCCGUGAUGCAAUGGUGAAAGGUUACUCAAAGCUCUUCAUUUAUGACAUCGUUCUUCCGCCGAAGGGGGCAAGUAUUAGUCAAACGACUAUGGAUGUGCAGAUGCUGGCGUUGCUCUCGGCUGCUGAGCGAACGGAAGCUGAUUGGAAGAGGCUUUUGGCUGAGUCUGGUUUCAAGACUUGCAAGUUUUGGCCUGAUCCUCAACAGUAUGAGAUGAUCAUUGAAGCGGAGGUGGAGUAA